CUGCCACGAAAUCUAACUAUUCCAGAUCCAUUGGAAUUAUCACCCAAACCAGAAGGUAGUUCAAGAAUUGCAAGUUGGAAUAUUAUCAGCUUGAAAAGUUCAAUGGGCAAAGGGUUGAUUCGUUAUAUCGCAGCAGAAGAUGCAGAUGUUGUAUUUCUGAGCGAAACAAAAUGUAACGAUGUUCCGAUGAUACUCAAAGAAAAAUAUCCACAUCAAACAUGGGGAAUAGGAAAGACGAAAGGAUAUGCAGGUGUUGCACUUUUAUCUAAAUCAAAGCCUAUCAAAGUUACAAGCGGAUUGCCUGGAGGUGAUCAAGAUACAAAAGCACGUUUGAUCACUGCAGAAUUUGAAAAUCAUUUCAUUUGUGGUACGUAUGUGGUAAAUGCAGGUGAAAAGUUAAAAUCUAUGCCUGCAAAAGUUCAUUGGAACGAAAGAUUUGCUGCUCAUUUGGCCGAAUGCGAUAAAAGCAAGCCAACGAUUUGGACAGGUGAUCUAAACGUCGUCUUGGACGCUCGUGAUUUGAGUAAAGCAAGUGAAAAGUGGAACAAAGUUGCAGGUUAUACGGCAACAGAGUGUAAUCAUCAUCGUCAAGUAUUAGCAGGUACGGCUGUAGAAGGAGCUAAACCUUAUGUGGACAUUUGGCGUGAGCGAAAUCCGGAUGCUAUUGGUCAUUUUACCUACUUCGGCUUCAGGGGUCAAUGCAGACAGAAAGGAAUCGGAUGGAGAUUAGAUAGCUUCAUCAUUCCGGAGCGCAUUAAAGAUUCAGUUCUUGAUGUAGGAAUUCGACAUACCGUAUACGGAGCCAGCGAUCAUUUGCCAAUCUACAUGGACAUCAAAGGCGCUCUCUGA